GAAAGAAACCCCAACCAUACGGCAUACACAAACGAUAAUCUCCUACAGACAAAUCAGCAACAUUCAAACAAAACGCUCAUUGUUGAAGAGGAUUCUUACGCUUAAAUCACGAGACUAACUUAAAUACAACGUUUGAAGAGGACACAAGAAGUGCGUCGGACUAAGCAGCCCCUGACAGGAUUCCCGGCUCAACACCCUAUGUACGGUCAUGACCUGGUGCCAACAAACCUCACAUUUCCUAGUCAUUUUCCUCUUCAUUUUAAUCAGUUUUAAAGUCAAGCCUGCAACCUGCAGUCCAGUGACGGAAGAAAGGAACACAGCAAGUGAUAACUAUGCAGCAUCCUCCUCUACACAGCAACAGGCUCAAUCUAUUCAACAAGCUGGGGAACAGGGCAUGGCACAUGAUGAAGAAGAUGAUGAACUUUUCAAAGAUGUGGAUCCCAGAGUCCUAGCAGCAGUCCUUCUUGAGGCCCUUAACAAGUCCCAGGGGGAGAAGUUGAGUCAAAGAGAAGACAAAGGAACAGAAGAGGAAAAGGUAAGAGAUCUUCAUGGUGAAGACAAAGACAGAGAUGGUAAUCAAGCGCUGGAGCUGGCCAUUUCAGCUGCUGCAGCACAAGAAGAAAAAGAUAAAGAAAGAGAGGAGGAGGAAGAGAGAAAAAGAGCUGAGGAGGAAGAACGACUAACAGAGAAAGUGACAAGUCACACCACGAGCCAAACAUUACCAUUAAAAGAGCCAGAGGCACCACAGGUCGGGGCCACCAAAGAGAAGGUGAUCAAGGAGGAGGACAGGCAGGAGGCAGAGAAAAAAGGGUUAGGGGAGGAUGAAGAGCAGCUGAGCCCAGAGGAAGUGAAGAAUCUGGAGGCAAUGUUAGAGGAAUUUCAGAGCUACAGCACAGCCAUUAAGAGAGAGCGCGACACUUCCACAGGCCAUAGAGAGAGCCGUGGGGAGUAUUUUGAUUACCUGGACCGUAAUGGCCUAAUGAACAAUGAGAUCAAGCCCAAAGGCAAUGGCAAUGACCUAGCCCUGUCCAAAAAGAAGUUAAAGUGGCAGCUCGAACAAGAGAAGAACAAAAUUCAGCCUUUACACAAAGGGGGCAACUUAAUGGAUGACCCUACCAACAUCCUUGGUGACCCAGAAGAAGAAGAUGAGGAGGAUCAGGAGGAUGAAGAAUUGCUGAGCCCUGAAGAAGAGGAGGCUCAGGCCAAAGCAGAGCAAGAGGAGGUACGUAGACAGGCAGCAGAGGCCCAAAGAGCAAAGGCAGAGGAGGAAAAGCUAGCAGACAUUGCUUCUGACAUGCUGCUGAAAUACAUAGUAAAACAGGAUAAGAAAAAGUAUCAGGACAACAGUGGUGCAGAAGACAAGCGUUCUGAUGAGGAAGACACUAGUGAUAAUGAUGACGACAUCGACCCACAGACCAUUGAUAAGUUGAUUGAAAUAUCCAGUAAGCUGCAUCUUCCAGCUGAUGAUGUGGUUGACAUAAUUAGCGAUGUGGAGAAGAAGAAAAAAAAAAAUGCUCCUGAAAAUCUACCAUGGCAACGUCUUCUUUUACUGCCUCCAGCUCCUGUUGCACCUUCUACAGUGUUACGUAAACCUCCUCCUUCAAAGCCUCCCCAACCUAACACAAGCUCACUAAAAGCCUGGUUCAAAGACAGGGCUUCAGUCAAGCCAAGCAAGCAAGACAUUUGGACGAGGCAGCAGUGGCCCUUUCGUACCUACCCCUCCUACAACUUCUAUAAAAAACCCUAUCGAGGGUAUUACCCCAUCAACAUCCCGCAUCCAAAACCAAAAUCCCGCUACUAUUCCAAGCCCUCUUUCUCCCUCAAUGAUGUCCUGGGAAACUCACUGGACUAUGAUUUUGAUUACUCCCCCAGACAAAUGUCCCAUCCCUGGAUGCAGUCUCAUCCGAGGAUCCCACCAGCCUUUCAGAGGAACAUCUACUUCCCAAAUUACAUUGUCCCUCACCCCCGGACAUUCAAAGCUGUACCAAUGGCUAAACUCCGGUCACCUCCACGUCGUUGGCCAUCUUUUUAUUACCAAGCCCGAGCUCCUGUAGUCACCAGGGAGGAUGAUUACUACAAUCCGUUGAGGCAACCACCACAGGACAGUGAAAAUGAGCUCGAGAGCAUUAUUGAAAGGGUCCUCAUGAAACAUCCCCAGAUGUUUCAGUGAGCAGAGUGCAAAUAAACAGAUUGAUGAAGAGGACAAAGAGAAGAAAGGGAAAGGGAACAACUUAAAGACUGUUGAUAGCUAAACUAUCAUAUUGUGGUUUCUUUUCCAAAAAAUAAGGUCCCUCACACUCCUUUAUUUCUUAUUUAGUUCUGACAGUAGAUGAGCUUUUUCCAAGUGCUCAUUGCAGUUGAACAGCAAAGCUUAUGCUUGAACAGAACUUAAGACAGAGAGGAUUCAGUAUCUUCAUGUCCAUCUAAUCAUAUCUUCCACCCUUCUCCCCCUGGAGAGACUGAAAGACCAAAAAGGUUUGUGGAAAGGGUGCUUUUGCCCACCACAUCUCAAGUUCUGAAUACCCCAAGAAGGCCUUUAGAAAGGAGCAGGUACAUGAGAGCAUGAAACACCAUUUCCAUCCCAUACAAAGAUGUUAAAUUUGGAUUCUCAUUGCAUUCUGCACUUUCAGAGACUUGGCAAUUUAAGCAACUCCAUUAUCUAAGCCUUAACUCAGUUCUUUUUUUUUUUUUUAACCCUGUGGUUAAUGUCACUGAUCAUAAAGUAGAAGGAUAGCAAAACAUAUUUGAAUUGCAUCUAUAAAAAGAGCAGACACACAGAUCACUUAUUCAUCAGAAAGGUUAAACCAUCACAGUGCCAUCCUGGUGGAAAUAUACAUUUUGUUUAUUUUAUACACCAAAUGUAUAAGGACUUACCUGUAUCUCAAAGUAUUCUGCUUGAGCAUUUACAAUUUGUAUGUUCUCUUGUGAAACAAAGGGAACAUUCUCUAAGCCUUGUACAUAGAAUAGUUUCUUAAAGUUUUAAUUUUUUGCAUCAGUGGAUUUACACCAUUGUUUUUUAUGCAACAAAAAAGAAAAAAAAUAGCAAGGUGGUGCAAAGGACAUUCAUACAUUCCAAUGAUUAUUUCACAAAAGCUGUUUUGAACACAACUUUUAAUUGCCUUAAGACACUCUCUUCCUCUUUUCAGACAAGCAGCACAUUGUCAAAAACUGGCUGAAAGGUUUGUUCUUGGGCUCAUUAGAGAUUAACUUUAUUCAAUUGAGUUCUAAAGUAGUGAUCAGCCUUUUGGUAUGUUUACAAAAAAUUAAAUAGAUCAAUAUAAAUAUACUAUGUACUGUAUAUACUUCCUGUUUGUGGUUUUAAAGAUGCAAAAUGUAAAUUUAUUAUUCAAGUGUCACCUUGUCCCUACAUAAAUUAUAUCAAGCUAAAUCAAUCACUGGGCCAAUGAGAGCUUAAUAAAAAUAGCUUUGACAAUCUACUAAUCAAAACUGCUUACAGUUUAUAUUGGAAUGUAUUGAUCUACCCAACAUCAAUGUUUUGAUUCCAUUUUACUGGUGAUGCACACUCAACUAGACUUGUUGCCCCAGAACAUACUUUAAGUGGUUGUAUAGACAUGAUCAGCAGGAGGGUAUCAGCCAAGCCUACACAUAGUCAAGCUUCAAAUACAUUUUUGGAAAGGUAUUUCCAAAUAAGCACUUAACAAAAAGAUAUUAUGACGAGGAGGGCAUGGUCAGCGCUGAAUCAGGUGUUCAGCACAAGAGCGAGAUAUUGGGGAGCCGGAGACACCAGUUCGAGAGAGAAAGAGAGACGCAUGCGGCUCCACUGCAUGUGUGUCCUUAUGUUUUAUGUUUUUUUUAAGUUCUUUUAUAUCAUUAAACUUUAUGUUGACUGUUCAGCUGGUUCACUUGCCCAGGAAACUUUCUCUCAAACUGUCAUCUCCGGCUCCCCUUUAUCUCACUCUCCCGGUGAACAUCUGAUUCAGCGCCGCUGUGCAUGACCCAGCCACACCAUCUUCGUCACAGAGAUAUUUUUAAUAAAUACAGUAAAUGAAAAAUCAAAGAAAUUAUUUUAUCUUAUUUGUAAGGGGGAGGCAUACACCGUUAUAAUUUUUUUUAUUAAGGAUUUACAGAUGGUAGCUACGGGGAAAAAUAGACCAGAAAAUCUGAAACAGUAAAAGAGUGUCUGCACGAUACUGUGAACUUGCAUCUAAAAUGUGUUGUUUCUUUGAAGACAUUAUGAGCAUUGAAAAAAGUAUAAAAAAAAGAUGAAUGACUAGUGUACCUAUGUAAAAUGACAUUGAGUCUUGUAUGAGGAAAAAUGUUUAUGUCCUUUCUAGAUGUAUCUUGUAUGUACUAUAAUAAACAUGCGUUUGCUGGAUGUAAAUAACCGCAUGUUGAUGACUAGUUUUGCUAAAC